UGGACCGGAAGCGAAGCGGGAAAUCUCACCGUCCUGAGGAUUGACCUGGGCCGGUCACAGUAAAUCUGAAAUCUGAACUGCGUCUUGGCUGGACGAAGUACGGGUGACCACCACGCAGGACGGCGCGACUUCAGCGCGCGAACAGACUUCGUCAGGAAGCGCGGUCAAAGGCGCAGCCGGGGGUGUACUGUAAUCGAUGUACUGCACCAGGUCUACUGUGGGCAACAUAGUCCGAUCUAGGCCACCACCGGCGUACUGUACCGGGUCACGAGUUCUCACAGUGUACUAGGAGGUCAUGUUCCCGAGAAUCAUCCCCACGUGCAAAGUUCGAUUUUCGCGACUCUAGAUUUCGCGAAUCUCACUUGGGCAGUUGAGGUGUCAGGGAACGCGUGCCGUGUGUCGGGAUUCGAACAUCACAGUUGUUUUUUUUCCUCGCAGGAAAUUGGAAGGAAGCACCGAAGGAGUAAUGCACUGAGCGAGAAGGUGUUUCUGUUACGGGUCGUGGACGCGAGUAGGGCUGUGCCUGCCUAGCUGCCUGUAGGUAUGGUGCAGGUGUUGUGAAAUGGAUUUCUGGGAUUUUUGCGCAUCUUCUUGGAAUUCGUCUGCAUAAUUUGAUCGAUCAAUCACAUCGAUUUGGGACCCGGUUUUAUCGUUUUUUAAUCGGCAGUUUAUUCAUCCUUUGCGAGUGUACCGUCCGCCCGACCUAGCGUCGUGUGCUGCGAGAGAGUUCGCGGUUGCCUAUUGAAUACUCAUGCUGAUUUUGUAGUCGCUGUCGGAUUUCUGCGUCCGCGAGCUGAAAUGUCGGUAUUUUUGUCGUUUGAUGAUGUCUGCUCCGGCGCAAUGCAGACAUCCGUGACCAUGUUGUUGAUCAAGGUUGCGGGUCCUGUGUUGAUGGUGCACGUAAUUGUUGAUCCAAUCUGAGAAUCAGUCGUUUCUUCCGGUGCUGAAAGAUGCACAUUGGAGUGAAUCUGUUCUCGGAGACGACUCUUCUGGCGCCCUGAUCUCAUCCUCCAAGAUGGGAAAAUUACAGCUGAUAAGAGAGAAGUCGGAAAUGAGACAAUGGACGCGCUCAAUGAAGAAGGAUGGUCGUCGAGUCGCACUCGUGCCCACCAUGGGAUAUCUCCACGAAGGUCAUCUAGCUCUUGUCAGAGAAGCACAGGCCCGUUCCGAUCUCGUGGUGGUUUCAAUAUAUGUGAAUCCAGGCCAAUUUGCACCUGGAGAAGACUUGAGCAUAUAUCCACGCAAUUUAGAAGGUGACUUAGCGAAACUGGAGCCGAUGGGCGUCGACGCGGUGUUUAACCCGUAUGAUCUUUAUGUGCGGGAUAGACCCGUCGUCGAUGGUGGGAAAACGAAUGAGGAGGGUUCGGAGAUGCUUGUGAGUGAUGAAUUCGGCGGUGGGCAUGAAACCUGGGUUCGAGUCGAGAGGUUGGAAAAGCCUCUCUGCGGUCAGAGUAGACCCAUAUUUUUCAGGGGAGUUGCCACGAUCGUGACGAAGCUGUUUAAUAUCAUUGAGCCCGACGUGGCUGUUUUCGGCAAGAAAGAUUAUCAACAGUGGCGGGUUCUUUGCCGUAUGGUGCGCGAUCUUGACUUUGAAAUCGAGAUGGUCGGUGAACCAAUUGUGCGAGAGAGAGAUGGACUUGCCAUGAGCUCUCGGAACGUUCGUCUAACGGCUGAGCAAAGACAGCAGGCUUUGUCAAUCAGCCGGUCUCUGAAAGAGGCAGAGGAGGCAGUAAAAAUGGGGGAGUCAGACGCUUCUGUGCUAUCAAAGCAAGUGCGGAAGACAAUAAGCGAAGCGGGUGGGGACAUUGACUAUGUGGAGAUAGUAGAACAAGAAAGUCUGAAGCCAGCGAACAAACUAGAGUGUCCCACCGUACUUGCAGUGGCGGCACGUUUUGGGAGCGUUCGAUUGAUUGACAAUGUUGAGCUGUGAAUAUCGAAAUUGUCUAUAGAAACCAAUUUAAUCAUCGAGCAAAGAUGACUUGGUAGAAAGUUUAGAAUGUCAUCUUGUACAAGUCUUCGAUAACAGGAUGCUGCCUUGGGCACAAAUCAAAGGUGAAUAGGCACAUGCUAAAUUUUGCAGUGCUCUUAACGUAGAAUUUGAGUUUCAACAUUUUCCGGAGGACUGGCCCAUGCCUUCAAGCAAGAAAAACCAGAAUCUUAUAAGCGAAAUUGUAGGUUUUGUAGUUUUCAUGUGGAGACCUGAUUCUUUUUUGUGAUUACUAGCCCAUGCUAUCUCAUUGUUGGAGAUGUGUGUGAAUUAUCGAGCGCCAUUACCAAAUCUUCAACAUAAAAUAUUGAGGCAUGAGAUUUUUGACUUAAGGUAAUUUAAAACAGUGGAAGACGGUUGUCUUUACGUGAUACACGUUCAUAUGAAACUCAUCUAACACGAAGAAAUCCGUUAAAAAUUCAUAAAUUUUGCUUGCCUCUCAAGUCUCCCAAUCCCCCAUUGCCUCAAAAGACUGUUUAGAAUCUGUCGAAGUGUCCGUCAAACACGUGGAUCGACCGAUUCCCAGAGCCCUGAAGUUGAAGAGGAGCAGUGGCAGACAUCAACCUCACACUAUCUUACCUAGAGAAAAGUGUGAAACCUCUCGUCCGUCUGCCGACUUCCCCCAGCCCCUCACAUUCAAUUGUACCGUGGCAUCGAGACUUGAUCACACCAUGUCGAAUCGAAGUGAAAGGCGAUCGCAGCGUGA